AUUGUCUCGAUAUAUUAAGUGUGGCAACAUUGAAAUCUGCAAUCAAGUCUUUCGAUUCUAUAUCCUCCUUUGAAGGCUGAAAGAAUUUGCAGAUUGCUUUUUUACUAAAAAUAACACAAUAUAAUGGAGCAAAUGGAAGUUGAUGUCGAAAUGACAGCCAAGGCAAGCACAUCUGUGGCACCUUCUACAUCUGGCGAUGGCAGUAACAAAGCACCAAAUGCCGGUACAAGUGCAACUACGUCCUCAUCUAACGUAAUGGCUGAUCCCAGUACCGUUCCAUCGGUAACAAUUUCAUUACAUCCCUUGGUCAUAAUGAAUAUAUCGGAACAUUGGACACGUAUACGGGCCCAGGCAGGUGAAGUUUGUCAGGUAUAUGGUGCUCUGAUUGGCAAGCAAAAGGGUCGCAACAUAGAAGUGAUGAAUUCGUUUGAAUUGAAAACAGAUGUGGUGGGUGAUGAUGUCUUCAUCAGUGUGGAUUAUUAUAUGGCCAAGGAGCUGCAAUAUAAGCAGGUUUUUAGUGAUAUGGACUUUAUUGGCUGGUACACUACCGGUGAAUAUCCGACAGAAAAAGAGUUGGCCAUACAUAAACAAAUUUCUGAAAUGAAUGAAUGCCCCAUAAUGCUACAAUUAAAUCCACUGUCACGCAAUGUUGAUCAACUGCCAUUAAAACUCUAUGAAUCUGUUAUUGAUAUUGUGCGCAGUGAGGCCACAAUGCUAUUGGUUCCACUCACCUAUACUUUGGCAACUGAAGAGGCUGAACGUAUUGGUGUGGAUCAUGUAGCCCGUAUGUCUACAAAUGACACUGGAGAAAAAUCAUUUGUAGCUGAACAUUUGGUAGCACAAGAGAGUGCCAUUAAAAUGCUUAAGACUCGCAUUAAAAUUGUCCUAAAAUAUAUUCAAGAUGUCGAAGCUGGAAAGUUAUCAGCGAAUCAAGAAAUUCUGCGUGAAGUUUACGCCCUCAGCCAUCGAUUGCCUGUAAUGCAAGGCAAUGCCUUUAAAGAGGAGUUCUACACGCAAUGCAAUGAUGUUGGUCUUAUCAGCUAUUUGGGAGCCAUGACAAAGGGUUGUAAUGAUAUGAACCAUUUUGUAAAUAAAUUCAAUGUGCUCUACGAUCGACAAGGCUCGGGCAGACGUUUGCGGGGUUUGUAUUAUUAAAUGAACAACAUUUCAAAUAUAUUUACUAUGUCAAAGAAAGGUAUUUAUUAACCACCCUAGGAUAUUCAUCAACUUGUGUCACCUUAGGUACCUCAUCUCUAGUAUGGUCAACCAGACCAUAGCUGAACACAAAUUAAAAAGAAUGAAGUGAAGGAAGUUUUUUAAUUUUCAUUAUCGCAAAAACGAAAUAUAAUAAAAUGUGAUGUAAAAUAUA